UUGAGAGAGAGAGAGAGAUUUGAGAGAGAGAGAGAGAGAGAGGCGGAGGGUGCGUCGCGUUGGACCGAAUCGGCUGACCGAGGGACCGAGUGAGCAGGUCCCAAGCGACACCUGUCCACUGGUUCAUUUGGCCACCUGUCGGUUCGCCCAUACGGUGAUCUUGGGUACACUGGGGGCCGUGCAGUUGGGGUGGGGUUAUAUUUUAGUUGGUCGCGCAUGUGGGGUUUUGUGUCCUGGACCACUUUCGACUUUUUCCACCCGCUGAGAUCCGCGUUACGCCGUGCGUGCGUCACAUCGCAGCACCCACAGCAUGGCAAAAGCACGCGGCGCACCUGAAAAUCAGGUGGAGCGCCUAGAGCAAACCAUUUUCUUUGAUGGUGUUUAUGACGCCAACAACCAGCGCCUGGAUGUCCAGACCAUUUUCGACACCAACGAGGUCGUCGGCAUUCUGUGGAUGGGGUGGACUGACAUGCGAAGCCUUGAGAUUCGGGACAAAAUCAUCGAGCACUACAACCUUCUGAAGAGCCAGAAUGCCCGCUUUGAGCUCAUCUUUGUCUCUGGCGACGAGACGCUCGACGACUACAACGAGCACGUCAAGAUUUACCCUUGCCCCCGCGUUCCCUACAACCCCUCCAUUCCCUUGGCCAUCUCGCGCAACUUUUAUGCUUUUGCGCCACCGCGCAUCCUUCUCUUUGAUUCCAACGGUCAACUCUUCACCAAGGAAGGCGACGGCAUGUUGCUCCGCUUUCCCGAAAAGUUUCCCUGGAAGCAUCACAUUGUCAACCUGAACCAGCUCUUCCUCCUCGUGUGUGUCAUUGCCCUUCUUCUGGGUGGCCUUUAUUACUUUUUGCUUCAUGUUUCCAUCUAAACUCGGACACACGUCUCGGACAGACAAGACUUUGCAUCUUUCCUUUUUGCCUUUGCACGCGCAUGCAGACAAGCACACUCUCGCAAGGAAGUUGGAUCGCCUGGGCAGAUUGAUUGCUCCUUUGGUGCGGCCACCCGAGGCCACCCGGCCCCUGCGCAUUCUUCUUGGAAAGGCAUCCCAAGGCUUUCUCCCGCUGUGCAAAUGCGAUCAUACCGGGCCUGACUCGAUGGGGUUCCCUCGUCGCCGAGUGUGGUAUAGUAGGCGGCAUCACAUGGCCGCUGGCUUGAGAUAUCGCAGGCCCCGAUUUUGAUGUUUGACGGCACAAAAUCAAUUGUUGAAUAU